AUGUGCACUCUUGCAAAAUUACUCAUCUCACCAUCUCGUACGUUACUACUAUUUACUCGUUCUCUAUCGACUCGUCCAUCUUCGAAAAAUUACUUUUGUGAUCCUACACUUCUCACAAACUACAUUGAUCAAAAAGAUGAACUUUUACGAAGUAUUGUGGAUAAAGGUCAUCAUAAAUUUUACUAUACUCUAACAUGUAAACAACUCGUUGGAGCAAAGAAUAUCCCACGAAUAUUCCAGUAUGUUGAUUCAGAAAUCAAUCAUGAAGUCUAUGAUUUACUACUUAAUAAUUUCAAUGUUAAACAUCAAGAACAAUUCAAAUCCGAUUUAAAUUUGAUUAUUCAAGCACAACAUUCCCCAAUAAGAGAUCCGAUAUACAUCACGACGAAUGAAGAACUAAUGAAACGUUAUUCUCGUCAAUUGAAACAUUUAAUCGAUAUAAUGACCUAUGAUGAAUUUCUUACUCAACACAAACGUAUCAUGUCCUAUAAUCAACUUGGUAUCGGUAAAUUUCCUGGCUAUCUCGAUAUAGAAGUCAUUGAUAUACAACAUGGUUAUGUCCAACUUCGUCUUCAAGUUCGACCCAAAUUUCAUGCACCUAAUGGCUAUUUACAUGCUGGAUUAGUUGUAACUUUCGCUGAUACUGCAUGUGGGUAUGGCACAUUUGAUUCAAAACCGGCCAAUGCUCUCUCAUUUACCACAAUUGAAUUAAAAGCAAAUUUUUUGGGAUCAGUAAGAGAAGGAUCGAUUUUAUGCCAUGCCGAGCUAAUUCACGGUGGUAAAACGACACAAGUAUGGGAUGCACAUGUCAUCGAUGAAGCACAAAUGAAAACAAUAGCCAUUUUUAGAUGUACAAAUCUGUUGCUCUAUCCAAAAUAG